AUGGCAACCAUCGGAAAGCUCUACGGUCACCCUCGCCAGCCCCAAACGAGAGCCUUGACUAUCUCGGGCCUCGAGAUUGAUCUACCGCCGUUCGAGCUCGGCGUCACGAACAAACUACCCGAGAUCACCCAUAAAUUUCCUCUCGCCAAAAUCCCUGCCUUCGAAGAUAAUGAAGGAUUCAAGCUAAUCGAAAGGCGCGACCAUCGCUCGCUACGUGGAAUCCACUUUGCGGAGACUGAGAUCCGAAUUCCGGGAACCAACAUAUACAUCGGUAUGGUCUCAAAGUAUCUUCCAGGUUUCGGCGAAGAGGAGCGUAAAUACUACCAGGGCUUCAUCGGACGUUCGCUCAAGUUUUUAGAAGACUAUCUGACUUCGCGCCCUUCUGGCUUACUCACGGUGUGCGGAACUAAGGAGCGCAAGGACGUUUACCCCCAUGUCUUUGCUCACUUUGCAAAAGUCGCCAACGACGAGAGGAUCAAGCAUUUUUUCAGAGAUCUUAAAUUCGUCGAUGAACCCCUUGCGUUCAAGGUUGCGUGA